AUGCAAUUUACUGACGAAUUAGCUAUAAAAGAUGUUGGUUCAUAUGGAAUCUACAAAAGACGAGGAAGAGUUAAAUUCGUAAAGUCAAAAGAGCUUACAUCGUCUAUUCAAACAGAAGAACAUACUGGAGCCAAUAUUUCCGAGUUCUAUCGCUCACUAUUCAGUGAACGGACGACAGAUCAAAACAAGCAAGUAGAUACACCUCUUGCAACGCCACAAACAUAUACUUGCACUGUUUGUAACUUAGAAGUUCCGACUGGCUCUCGCCUCAAGCAUGAGCAAGCUACAGCUCAUUUGUCCUCAAAAGCUCAUAUACAAAACAACUACCGUCCAUCUCUUAUAAAACAGGGACACAUUGGGUACGAAACGAUGUCGAGGUUAGGAUGGUCACCAAACAAUCAAGCCGGCCUCGGUGCAAGCUCACAAGGACGCAUCUACGCUUUAAAAACAGACAAGAUAAAAAACGACUCUUUUGGAAUAGGUUUUGACUAUACAGUUAAUACAAUUAGAAAACAAAACCGGCAAUCGCUAGGAAAACGCGAAUGUUGCCGAAUGCACAAGGAGGAAGUACGUAAAAAACAAAUGCUUUUACAGUACUUUUCGCAUUAA